ACUAAAUAGAGCCAAACGUCAAUUAAAGUUACCGGAUUUGUCAAAAUAUUAUCUUUCUGUAUUCUACAGUUAUUAUUUUACAGAAUUUUAACAUCAAUAAAAAAAUGUCCCUGCUGGCCCUUCGUCCUUUGCUGAUUCGGAGCCGGCUUCACAGUGUGUUCUCGCUACGUGCCGUCGUCCUAUCGGCGGUGGUACCCGUAUCGAAGCAAACCCGAAGUUACGCACAAACCAAACGAUCCCGGCCUGCUGCCGAAGCCAGCUCACUAACGGCAGGUUCCGGUGGACGGACGAAUGUCUCGGCCGACGUGAAACCACUGGGCGAACGGGUGAAGGAGAACACCAAAACUGCGAGCUACAUGGGCGUUAUUUUGCUUGGUGUUGGCGUCACUGGGAUAUUGUUCUACGCCAUUUUCCGCGAGCUAUUUUCGUCCAAUAGUUCGAAUAGUAUUUACACGGAUGCGUUGGACCGGGUGAAAAACGAAGCGCGUGUGAAGGAUGCUCUGGGAGCACCCAUCAAAGGGUUUGGAGAGGAAAACAGCCGAGGACGACGGAGGCAUGUGGCCCACACGGCCUACGUGCGGGACGGUGUCCAGUACCUGCGGAUGCAGUUCUACAUUCAGGGCAUUAGAAAUAAGGCGACAGUGCAUUUGGAGAAGCGAAUGAACGAGAGUGGAGACUACGAGUACCGAUAUUUAUUUGUCCAGUUGGAUUAUUAUCCUCACACAACAAUCAUCCUAGAGGAUAACAGACUGCAGCAGGAUGGUACGAAACUAGGUGGAGGCUUCCAACCAAUUAGUGAGUUAAAGUGAUUUUAGAUACACUGCCAAUGAGUGUGAACAUUUGUAAAUAGAACAUUUAUAAUAGUUAUUAAUGUACAACUGUGAGGGAACUUUGCUUUACUGUGAGAAUUAAAAGUAUCAGACCUCAUGAUGUCGGUUUUA